UCUGUGCACCACGUGCAGCUCAGCCACGCGGCCCCGCAAAUCCCAGAGCUAGGGGGGAUUAGCGGGGAGGGGGGGAUUAGAGCAGGGAUUUGGGGGCCAGGAACUAUUAAAGCCGUGGGGUGGGUGGCGAGGCCAUGGCCAUGGCUCCCCGCACCGUGCUGAUCACCGGGUGCUCGUCCGGCAUUGGGCUGGCGUUGGCGGUGCGCCUGGCGCGGGACAAGCAGCGCCGCUUCCGAGUCAUCGCCACGGUGAGGAACGUGUCCCGCAGCGGAGCGCUGGUGGCGGCGGCGGGGUCAGCGCUGGGCCGGACGCUGGAGGUGAAGCAGCUGGAUGUGUGCGACGAGGCGUCCAUCCGCGCCUGCCUCGACAGCAUCCCUGGGCGCCGCGUCGAUGUCCUGGUCAGCAACGCCGGCGUGGGGAUGAUCGGGCCGCUGGAGUGCCAGAGCCUGGCAGCCAUGCAGGGGCUGAUGGACACCAACUUCUUUGGGCUGGUGCGCCUGGUGAAGGAGGUGCUGCCCGACAUGAAGCGCCGCCGCAGCGGCCACAUCGUGGUCAUCAGCAGCGUGAUGGGGCUGCAGGGCAUCGUCUUCAACGACGUCUAUGCAGCCUCCAAGUUCGCCGUGGAGGGCUUCUGCGAGAGCCUGGUGGUGCAGGCGCUGCGCUUCAACGUGGCCUUCCCCCCCUGCAGCAUCAGCCUGGUGGAGCCGGGGCCGGUGACCACUGAGUUCGAGGCCAAGGUGUACGAGGAGGCUGAGCGCGCCGACUACUCACAGACCGACCCCGAGACUGCCGCCAUCUUCACCGACCUUUACCUGCGGAACUCCAGGGACGUCUUCGCCAGCCUGGGGCAGAGCCCCGAGGACAUCGCGGAGCACACGCUGCGGGUGAUCGAGGCGGCCCGGCCGCCCUUCCGGCACCAGACCAACGCGGCGUACACACCGAUGGCCGCGCUGAAGCACGCCGACCCCAGCGGCGCGCUCAUGACCGAGGCCUUCUACAAACUGGUGUUCAAGUACGGCGCCGUGCUGCGGCUCGGGCUGCGCGCCAUCCGCCUGCUGCGCUGGAAGGCCCAGAAGCGCCGGGUGAAAGAGCGCAGCGGCUUCCUCCGAGAGCGCAGCGGCCGUGACAGGGCUGGGAAGGGCUGUCAGCUGCACCCCCCUGCCCCCCCAGGCUCCUCCAUCUGUGGGCACGCAAUGCCACAGCCUCUUCUCCAAGCCUCUGACGUGGGGCUGGAAAUGCACCGGGUCAGCAGUGCACCAGGUUAGCAGGAAUGCAAGCAAUGCAUUGGGUCAGGGAUGCACCGAGUUGGGCAGCAAUGCACCUGGUCAGCAAUGUACCAGGUUGGUCAGCAAUGCAUGUCCCUCCCGGCUCCACGUGGAGCACCACAACACCAGGGCAGCAAGGAGAGGCCACAGGGCACUGCUGGAUCAGCUGCAGCACUGGUGCAGGAGCUCUGGUGCAGAGAUGGGAGAGUCCCCAGGGUGCAGGGUGGGUGCAUGGUGCAGGGGUUGGUGGGGGCUGCAUGGGGAAGUCUGAGUGCAGAGUGCUCGGCAGGAUGAGUGCUGGGUGCAGUGUGCACAGUGGGUGCAGGACAGACGCAAACCAAGCACCAGGAGCAGGGGAUGCUGCCAGAGGGAUGCUGGCGGGGGGGAGCAGCCAGUGCUGCCCCUGUGCUGAGCACUGGUGCGUGAGCGCGUGGUGUGACUGCGCUGGGAGGUGAGAACCAGGGGGAAACCGCAGGGAGGCCCAGCACGGGUCAGCACCGCUUCUCAGAAACCUUCCUGGCUCCCACUGCACUUCCUGCUGCAGGGAUGCACAGGUGGCACCGCCCUGGGGCCCACAGUGAAGCCCCCCAGCCCUGCUCCAGGACCCCCACUGCAUGCAUGGGGAGCUGACAGCAGCUGCAGCACCAGCACCGUGCCCCAUGCACCAGCACCGUGCCCCAUGCACCAGCACCGUGCCCUUGCCCAUGCCACGCACGUGGCCGCCCCACCCCCGUUGGCCCUGGGUGCUUUGGGGACAGGAUGGAGAAGGAAAUAUUUUUGCAUGAUUCCCCUCGUGUCUUGCACAAGUUAAUGACAAAGCGACCGUGGGGACAACGGCCCCCCCGUGGCUAUGGUAACCGAGCAGCACCUGUGGGACGUGCAGGGGUGACAUCAAAGCCGGCGAUGCAGACACAGCCCCCCCCGCUGCGGUUUCUGAAGAUUUGACUAACUUUCUCCGCUCCAGGGGGCAGGGACGGGGGGGCUGCACCCAGCCCCAGGGAGCAGCAAGAGGGGCCCCCCCCAGAACAAAGCCACAACCAUGAGGAAUGGGACAAGGGGAGGGCAGGACCCCCAGGAUGCCCCCAGCCCGAUGGAAGCAGCAGUGAGGCUGCUCCUCAGGGCAGGGGAAUGGAUCAGCCCCGAUGCUGUGGAGCUGGGGGGGGUCCACUGGCCUCUCCUCCAGCCGCUGUAGGAAGGGGGAACCAAGCAGCAGGAAGGGGAGAUGGGGAGCUGCCGUGGGGUGCACCACUGGGGAGACAAGCUCACAGCUAAGGAGCAUCAUCCUCAUCCUGCCUGAGCUCCCCGGGUGCAGGCUGCGCCCCAGGGGGAAGCAGCUCUGCUAUAAACAAGCGCCUGCUGGGACUUUCCUGUCCCUGCGUGUGACAAUUGCCAGCCACCCCAACCCCCAGUGCCCUCGCUCCCCUGAGGGCUGCACUGGUAGUCCAGGUGCACCGGCUCGCCGCAAUGCAAAUGUGGGGCCAGAUAUAACCCUGCUGGCACUGGAGCUGCAAUGGGGGGCAGGGGGCAGGACGUGUACCCGCCCUCCCCACCAUGGCACCGCGCACGUGGCUUCACCCUCAGAGAUGGCACAGGGCUGACCUCACACCGCAUUGCCGCAUGGCUCUGGGGAGCUGGGAAGGUCACGGUGGGGCAGUGCAGAGCAGUGGGUCCUGGGGAGACUCUGGAGAGCAGAGACCCACAGGAUGAGGAGCCACAGCCCCACUCACCUCCUGGAUGCAGCCCUGCAGCUGGAGGGGACGUUUCAUGCAUUGUGGAGUGAGUUUCAACACAAUGGGGGAAACAAGUUCCCCUCUGCUCUAUCACCACUGAGCGCAGCAGGCGAUAGGGAUCUCUCUGUCAUAACACCAACCGAAUGUCUGGGGCUUCUAAGAGGCCCUGGGACUGGGCAGAGGGCAUUUUAUGCAUCAAAGCAGCAUUUCUGUAGGGAGAAGCUGGGGCAGGGACACCCCCGGGGCUGUGGGACGUGCAAGGGGAACGUGACCCCAGCUGCCUGCACUCUGCUCAGUCUGCUUCCAUGCAAGGUUUUUUCCUGCUUUCCCAGGCACGGCAGAGAAAUGGUACACGUGGAAAUACACAUUGUUUUUAAUAGAUGACUGGGUCCAAGUUCCACAUUAUGUCAUUGUUCAACAGCAGUGAGCAACCACUCAUGAAUGCCAGACAGCGCGGGCUGAACCGAAACGAGAGCCCUGUCCCAAGAGCAUGAAAACACGACGGUGCUGCAGUGGGGAACGGAGCCUUCGGGCUGUGGGAAGCUCCAUCCCUCCUCCCGAGCCCCGCAGAACCCACAGCACAGCUCCUGCUGAGGUCCUGAGGCCGUGGGUUGCGUGGGGUCCUGCCUGGAGGGGACCAAAGGGCAACUGAGGGGUUUUCCAGGGUUCAGUGGUGAUGCGAGAAAGAAACCAGUGUGACACGUGCUCUGCAAUCUGUGCUGCUCCCCCUGUGAAUGGUGAGGUGUGUUUUGCUGCGUGAGGAUUGGUGUGCACGGAGCUGCUGCAUCCCCGUGGAGCGCAGCACGAGGGAACGGGGGCUGAGGACGGGACUGGUCUGAGCCUUCCCAAGCACAAAGCAUCAAACCAGCUCUCCUUCUUUGCCACCAAGGAUAAGCAGGGUCUCGCACUCCUGCAGCGCUCUGCAAGGCAGCUCAUCCGCCCUUCCUCGGACGUGGCCUUGGUUGGACUUGACGAUCUUAGAGGUCAUUGCCAACCAUAAUGAUGCUGUGAUUAGUGGGGAAAAAAAUGAAUUUCCAUUUUUGUACCUUGAACUUUAGGGAGGGAGUACCCAAGGGAACAGAGCAAGGCCAAAGGCAGAACAACACUGGGUACGUCUGACCCUUUGCACCCCAUCCAGAGCUCUGCACCCCGACCCCCCCUUCACAGAGGGACCACAGCAGCUAUCAGCGCUGGGACGCUGAUAAAUACCAAAGCAGCGCUGGUAUGGAACCACACAGGGGAGGCAAAAUUCCAUCAGAACACAUCCCACCCUCCGCCAUGCAGAAACACUGUGCCAGGAAGAGCCGCGCUCAGCAGAACCGUUAUCAGACACCCAUCUCCCGCACCGUGACUAAUGAUACAGCUGCAGAGCAGCGAUUAGACGAGAAGAGCUAUUUUAAAAACCAGCUUCAAAGUCCUCGCCGGUGCUCGUGCUGCAGAACAGCGCCUUCGGCCCCGGGGGAUAUCCCCACGUCAACCCAGACGGUGCGAUGGAGCCGCGCACUUGCACACACACGUGCAUGAGGUCUCCCAGGACUGGGCUGUGGGAUGGGCAGCUCCGUGCCCGGAGGCCACGGGGACACAGAGGGCACAGCAGGGCCGUCCUCCUCCAUGGCACGCGUCGGGCAGGAGGGCUUUCCAUCCAUGGAAAUGGGGAUUUCCCCCAGCUGGCACGUGGGGGGAGCCAACCGGCUCCGCGUUGCUGAAAAACCCCAGCCCCAACGUAGGGCUUUUCUGCUCCUUUUGCUCUGAGUGAGAUGCACGUGGGGAGGGGCUGCGAAGAAAGCGGGGAGAAGUAAGGCAAGCGGGAAGGGACCGUGUGCGCUCCAGAGUUAGGGAAAACCUCUACACGUGAAUGAAUGAUCCCUCCCAGGAGAAGUUUUCUGUGUGUUGGUGAUGAGCCCAUCGGGGCUGGAACAGCAAGGACGAGCUCUUCCUCUACAUCUGACCAAGCAGAGCAGCUGGCAGCGGGGAACGAAAGCCUCUUGUGCUGUUCAAGCAAACGUCGUGAAAAGAAAUGCACGUUAAAAAAAAUAAAGAACAUCUCAAAUC